AUGAUGAGUAGCAGUUCUUCACGAUUAACGCCGGAGAAGCCGAGGAUAGAGUCUGAUUUUCGAAAUGUGCGGAACUAUCAAGUCUAUCAGCAAGCCGUGUGUAUUGCCCUGUUAAAUUCGUAUUUUGAAGUCUCGAUCAUUCAACCCUUAAAAAAGGCGCACGUCUUCGAGCAGAUCAUAAGAAUAGAAAAACUCCAGAAGGGGGAGGACGUCAUCUUCGUAGAGGAGUUUUGCAAGAAGAGGUGCAGAGAUCGGUUUUUGAUCGACACCAAAAACAACAUCCCCGAAAAGACGGCGAAGAGGAGAACUGAAGCAAACAAGGUGAAUGAGAUGCAACUGCUCUUAAUGGACUUGUUGGGAGUCUUCGGAUUCUUUUUUGAGACUAAAAGAGUACAUGGGAAAAAGACGACGGUCAAAGGCGAAUUUGUUCAAAGAAUUCUCUUCAACGGGAAAGUCUUUUUGGACAAAAACAAUAUCUACGAAAUCGGAAAGAAUAUAAAUAGAAAAAUUAACGUGAAAUUGGGGAAUGGCGAAAAGUGCACGUUGCCCGUUGGAUUCUUGGAAUUUUAG